UCAGACUGCUAUAUGUAGUCCUGGACGAACUAUUUUAAAUGUUCUCUUACACAGCAGAGUGGCAUAAAAUUCUGGUACACAGAACACACAAAAAGGGAAACAUUUGAGAGAAUGAUUUCAUAAUGUCAAAAGUGAACUGUUGUAAGCGGUUAUACAAAUCACUCUUUGUAUACUAUCGAUUACCUGCCUAUUUAAUUUAGGUCAUAUAUCGAUUGACACCCCCCCCACCUCCCCUUUUUUUUUACACUACGUUCAAACAAUUGACAAUCUCUCAUUCGACAAGUAUACAUUAAUUCGCAUGUUAUUCUCUUCCUGAGAUGGGUUUCUGAUGGAAACGACGUGUGGUAAGUACAUAUUUUAUAUAUCCCGACGUUAAAAUGUGGACGCUAGGAGGCAGUACUGGCCCACAUUCUACUUUUGCAAAACUAACGAACAUUUAUUUUAUUUACCAAACCAUAUUCCUUAAGUAUUUCUUGUCAAUUGCUUAUCAUUAACGAAUAAAAAGCACAAUAAUAUUAUAUGUAUAUAAGCUCAUUAUGAGGAGAUAUGCGUUUUCCCUUAUUUUGUUGAAAGUAAAUAUUGAUUUUUAACUGUGGUGUCGUCCUCAUCGUCUGGGCUGUUAUCAUCCACCAUGUCGGAAAAAGAGAUGCAUACGGACACAGAGGAGGACUACAGGUUCCUCCACAGCAUGUUGGUCGAGAAGAAGCUCCAUCUUCUGUUUAAAAUUCACGAGAGACUAAAAUGCUUUGAGAAGCAAAGCCCAGUCCCUGACCAGGAGCGCAUAGAAAGUCUGGCCUGGAAUUUGUUCAAGGAGCCGAUGUCACAGGACUGGAGAGAUGAAGUGAAAGAACUUGCUGCUCUUUUAUCCAAACCCCACUUUCAGAGUCUCCUGUGUGUCCAUGAUGCGAUCGCUCAGAGAGACUUCGAUCCAUCUUUGCCACCAGCACCUGAUGAUGCUUUGGAGGAGGAAGACGGCGCCUUCAAAAUUGUUAGUCUGGUCAAAACCAAAGAGCCCCUGGGCAUGACAAUUAGGAGGAACGAAACCACCGGGGCGGUUGUAGUGGCAAGAAUCCUGAGAGGAGGUGCAGCUGAUAAAAGCGAUCUAAUCCACGAAGGAGACGAACUAAAGGAAGUGAACGGAGUGUUACUGAAGAACAGGAAGCCAGAGGAAAUCCUUUCUAUACUAGUCAGUGUAACAGUUCGAAGUCAUGUUGAUACGUUUGUUCCUAUUUUCUUCAAAUUAAUUUUUGAUUUUGUCAUUUUUGAAGUCAUACCCAGUCUUGACCCACAAAUUGAAAUACUAGCUCAGUCCCCGGACAGUGUCACAUUCACAAUCAUCCCGGCAUUUGCGGAGGAGAGCACGUCUCCGUGUGAGAGAAAGUGUGGAAAUGUCACAUUUUCUCCAACCCCCAGGAAUUUCUACCAACGGAGCUGCACGAGACCAAGAGAAACAAAUGUGUAUCCCGACCGAGAUCCGGCCGUGCCUUGCAGAGACGCAGCGCUUUCCUUCAAAAGAGGGGAAAUUCUCCAGAUUGUCUGCAUGGAAGAUGUCAACUGGUGGCAGGCCUGUCACCUUAAAGACAGCAGCGGUCGGGGAGGACUCAUUCCCUCACAGCAGCUGCAGGAGAGAAGAGUGGCACUGCAGCGUCCCAGAGCCCUGUUCAAGCCCGGAGAAGUAAAAGCACCAGAUGACAAUGAAGGGCCUAACGGCGUCGGCUUGAAUGAACUGAAAAAAAGGCUACUGCUGUCUGACCCGGACCGGUUUGGCGUCAGUGUAUCACACACCACGCGUAAGAAGAAGAGUACAGAGAGCGAAGGAAAGGACUAUCACUUUGUUUCCGUAAAUACCUUUGAAGAGCACAUCCUUAACCGCAGGUUUAUAGAGUAUUGGCGAUACAAAGAUCACUACUACGGAACAAGUUUAGACUCCAUUCACGAAGUGAUUGCUCAGGGCAAAGUGUGUCUCCUCGAUGUCCAUCCUAGUAAAAUAGGCCAUGUGUAUACAUGUGGAUUUAAACCAUAUGUGGUGUUUGUAAAACCCCCAUGCAUUGAGGAGCUUCGUCUGACCAGACGCAGGGCAAAAUCCAUCCGCGAUAAAGAGGACACAACCCCUACUCACAUCUUUGCCGAGGAGGACUUCAAGGACAUGAUUCACAUGGCCGAAAUCAUGGAAAACCAACACGGUCACCUGUUUGAUAAGGUGAUAGUAAACGGAGAUAUGGCCGUGGGCCUCAGAGAGCUGAAGGCAGACAUCGAGAGGAUGCUGAAGGCAGAAGUCCAGUGGAUUCCUGCAGAGACGAAACGCUUUUCAGCAACAACGGUACGGAGGAGUUGCAGUCAUUUGAGCGGCUGGAUUUGAACCUCCCUCACACAGAAACUGCAGUUAUUUAAACGUACGUUUAGGCCAGGGGUGUCGAACUCAUUUUGCUUCAAGCGUCGCAAACAACAAAUUAUACGUUAAGUGGGCCAAACCAGUACGAUAGUACUAUGUUUUUCCACUUUGUUUCCAUGCAUAGAAGUACACAUAUAUUAGAUAAACCUUCAUAUUUAAUGAAAUAUAAUUUUACAAAACAUUUCCUGAACAUAGAGUGUUUGUCGUUUUUAUUAUUAUUAUUAUUAUUAUUUUCAAAAUUCAUCAAGCGGGCUGGUUUUGGCCCACGGGCCUUAUGUUUGACACCCCUGUUUUAAGCAACACACAAAUUUGAGAACUGCUCUUGUAGUAG